ACAUUUAAAAACAAUGUAUUUUAUUGCUCUCAGAAGUGAUAUUGAUAAAAUUGCAUGUCACCAAUUUGCAUAAGUAGGACAAAUAUAUUCUGCAUUAUGUUUCUUUGUCCAUACUUUGUCGAUAUAGCGGAAACAUGGAUUGCGCAUGGGCAGCCGGUACAUCCUGUGUUAUGGGUGCAAGAUUGUCAACAAAGGAGGUCUUGCUGAAUGUACUGAAGUGUUUAGUAAUUUUCUAUUCACUUUACUAUGUUGUCAGCAGUAUCUGCUUCGCAGCCUACAGACUGGACACAUUCGAUGGCAAGAUCCCAUUCGAUUUCCACACCUGGAUAGACCUGACCCAAUGCUGCAAUAACUACACAUCAAAACAGAUGGUGAACCUGAUCUCGAUGGAGGUGACGUACGCUGUGAGUGGCCUGGGGUACAGCUGUGUCAGCUACCACUGGGUGUGGGACUACUCCGUCACCACCAUCAUCAUUCACAUCCUCCUCUGCAGCGCGGUGAUGCUGAACUUCCCGGUGAACUGGUCAUGGUGGAUCUGUUUAGGGUGUGGACUGCUGAUGCAGAUUGGCCUCGGGGAACUGGUGGCGCUGGUGAGACAACGGAAGAAGCUGGCUCGUGUUACACUGUCACCUGAACAGGAACCUAUGAACUUCCUCUACAGAAGACUGUGAUCCUGGCAUAAGCAAGGGACACAACUCUGCACUGUAGAAUGUCCCUGUAUCUGUCGGCUGAAACAAUUCACUGAGGCCACUAGAGGAUAUGUCUGUGAUACUGUGUUUCAUUAAAGGGGUAAACAUGUAAGACCCGCAUCACUUCGGCCUUGUCUGCCUUGCAAGGCUGCCAUGAUGUGAGAACUGUAGAGCCAGCUCCCUGUAGUAUGUAACCCACCAUGCUGGUCUGGAGUCAGGUCAUGGGAAUGCAGUAUUUGAUACAGCCUCACAUGAUCAGACUUCAAAGAUCAAAUGUCUAUCAGUAUACAUCAGUGCGUUCACUAGCAGAUACGUCAGUGAUAUACAUCAGUGUGUUCACUAGCAGAUACGUCAGUGAUAUAUAUCAGUGUGUUCACUAGCAGAUACGUCAGUGAUAUACAUCAGUGUGUUCACUAGCAGAUACGUCAGUGAUAUACAUCAGUGCGUUCACUAGCAGAUACGUCAGUGAUAUACAUCAGUGCGUUCACUAGCAGAUACGUCAGUGAUAUACAUCAGUGCGUUCACUAGCAGAUACGUCAGUGAUAUACAUCAGUGUGUUCACUAGCAGAUACGUCAGUGAUAUACAUCAGUGCGUUCACUAGCAGAUACGUCAGUGAUAUACAUCAGUGCGUUCACUAGCAGAUACGUCAGUGAUAUACAUCAGUGCGUUCACUAGCAGAUACGUCAGUGAUAUACAUCAGUGCGUUCACUAGCAGAUACGUCAGUGAUAUACAUCAGUGCGUUCACUAGCAGAUACGUCAGUGAUAUACAUCAGUGCGUUCACUAGCAGAUACGUCAGUGAUAUACAUCAGUGCGUUCACUAGCAGAUACGUCAGUGAUAUACAUCAGUGCGUUCACUAGCAGAUACGUCAGUGAUAUACAUCAGUGCGUUCACUAGCAGAUACGUCAGUGAUAUACAUCAGUGCGUUCACUAGCAGAUACGUCAGUGAUAUACAUCAGUGCGUUCACUAGCAGAUAUGUCAGUGAUAUACAUCAGUGUGUUCACUAGCAGAUACGUCAGUUAUAUAUAUCAGUGUGUUCACUAGCAGAUACAUCAGUGAUAUAUAUCAGUGUGUUCACUAGCAGAUACGUCAGUGAUAUACAUCAGUGUGUUCACUAGCAGAUACGUCAGUGAUAUACAUCAGUGUGUUCACUAGCAGAUACAUCAGUGAUAUAUAUCAGUGUGUUCACUAGCAGAUACAUCAGUGAUAUAUAUCAGUGUUCACUAGCAGAUACAUCAGUGAUAUACAUCUGUGUUCACUAGCAGAUAUGUCAGUGAUAUAUAUCAGUGCAUUCACUAGCAGAUACGUCAGUGAUAUAUAUCAGUGUGUUCACUAGCAGAUACGUCAGUGAUAUACAUCAGUGUGUUCACUAGCAGAUAUGUCAGUGAUAUAUAUCAGUGUGUUCACUAGCAGAUACGUCAGUGAUAUAUAUCAGUGUGUUCACUGGCAGAUAUGUCAGUGAUAUACAUCAGUGUGUUCACUAGCAGAUAUGUCAGUGAUAUAUAUCAGUGCGUUCACCAGCAGAUAUGUCAGUGAUAUACAUCAGUGUGUUCACUAGCAGAUACGUCAGUGAUAUACAUCAGUGUGUUCACCGGCAGAUACGUCAGUGAUAUACAUCAGUGUGUUCACUAGCAGAUACAUCAGUGAUAUAUAUCAGUGUGUUCACUGGCAGAUAUGUCAGUGAUAUACAUCAGUGUGUUCACCGACAGAUACGUCAGUGAUAUACAUCAGUGUGUUCACUAGCAGAUAUGUCAGUGAUAUACAUCAGUGUGUUCACUAGCAGAUACGUCAGUGAUAUACAUCACUGAUUUGUCAAACAAUACAUAGUGAUACAGAAUGAACCUUACAAUGAAUUGUAUCAUUGAAUUGUUAUUGUAGUGAAUUGUUUCAGCCUCAGUGUGUGUAAAUCUUUGAUGAUAUUCUACAACAUGUUAUAUGCAGAGUAGAAUGGCAGGUGGUAAAAGCUGAUCUUGUUUUGUUAGGGUUUCACUGAAUAUAUACUUGUGGAGACAUUUUACCUAAAUGGGCAGUGAAGCAUGACAGACAUGACGGACAUUAACAAUGAGAUUAACAAUGAGUAGAUGGAUUUCAUCGUCUUUCCAACCAUGUGCCUGCAAGAAUUGUAUAUGCUUAUUUAUUUUUCUACAAUGUUAAAUUGAUAUUUUGCUGUAAUAUGUACAUACAUGUACUUGAGAAAAGGACAGUUCUCUGCCUUGUAUGUCCAGGACAUAGUACUUGUCUAGAUGUUUGACCCACAGUGUGAUACUUGUCAAGAUAGGUGAUGCAUCAUGUAUUCUACAGAGACUUGUGAUGCAGUAGUAAACACAAAUGGUCAGUGUUAUAUGUAUGAUAAUUGGAUGUGUAUUGGAAGGCAGAGUGGCUCCACGUUCAGCAAGUCGUGUGAUCCUGGGGCCGCAUGGACUGAAGGAGUGUGACAACUGAUCAGGGUAGAGACUUCUGUGUUCACCUCUCACACACACACACACACGCACACCACAUACACACACACACACACACACACCACACAUACACACACACCACCACACCCAAUCACACCACACGCACACCACACACACACACAC